AUGGGCUCAAGCAGCCGCUGGUCAAGCACAGCGGAACCCGGGUGCAGACCACUCAGGAACUGGAACAGCCCCAGGGGCCGCACGUCCCUGCCCGGUCCCGGCCUGCCGCCUCCCCCCCUGCACCUGGCACGGUCAGGAGCGGGCAGCCAAGGCCCUGAGCCCUCCGGUGCAAAGCUGCGAUCCUCGGUGCGUGUGAGCGGUGCUGCCUCUCUCCUCUCCGCCGCCCGCUCUCACGCGAGGGCCCCGGGCAGGUCAGACGCGCGGAGGAGCCGCCCCUCCCGCAGAACCACCGCUGGCAAUGGCGUGAGUCCUGGCCGCGUCCCGUGUGCGCUGGCAUCCCCGCUUCGGCCUUCGGCCUCCCAUUACAUCGGUAUUCGUGUGGAGGCCAGGCUCACUCCCUGCCGCCCUGUACCGAGGCAGCCGCUCGGUCCGCGGCUCCCGUGCCCAGCGCGGAGCCCGGCAGGUUCCGCAGAGCCCCUGUGCCCUGGCCGUGCCCACCGAGCGGCAGAGAGGCGGCCAGUCCCGCGUCUCGCACGGCUUUCUGUGGCCGGGCUGCAGGCUGCCGCUUCCUGCCGUGCAGGCGAGCAGGCCCGGACAGAAAGGGAGAGCGUCAGGCAGCCGGGCAAAGGCAAGUGCCAGGCCCCUGGCUGCGGAGCGGAGUGCUCAUCCCCGUUACCGGGUUUCAUCCCCGGCAGCGCGGCCCGGGAGGCGAACACCGCAUUCCCGCUGCUGCCGCGGCACCGCAGGCCUGGCCCAGGCCGGAGUCUGAGCAGAACCCGCUGCGAGCCGGGCCCGCACCGGGCAGGGGCGGCCCUGCCUGCCCCAUCCUCCGCUGACCCCCGGGCCCCGGACCACGGCUCCGAGCACUGGAGGAAGAAAUGAAAGCGAAGCCAGGGUCCAGCACAGCCCCAGGCACAGUCUCAGGCCUCUGCCGCCGGCGCUCCGGGCCGGGCACACGGGCGAGGUGCCGGCAGCUGCCCGCGGCCCGGAGCGGAGGCGCUCCCGGGCCCGCCCGGCACACCGCGGAACCAACGCAACGGUCCCCGCACCUUGUCGGCCGCCGCCGAGACAGCCCCGGGGCCUGGCGGAGAUGAUGGAGCGCCCAGCACGGUCCCGCAGCCGAGCCCCGUGCGCCGCAGCGGGGAGCGGGGCAGCCGCGGGCCGGGAGCGCUGCCCGCCGCCCGGAGCGGCCCCGGCACACAGUGCCCGCCCCGCUCCCCGCUGCCGCUCCCCGAUCCCGAGCGCGGAGGAGCGGAGUGAAAUAAAACGAUAUGGAAAGAAGGAAAGGCAUUUUAUUGGAGACUUUACAAUGCUAGAAAGUACAAUGAAAGUGCUAGUUCAUUCUAGAAAAGUUGGUCCCAAAAUGGU